UUGAGCUUUUUUUUGGGCGUUUGUCGCGCGUUUUGGCCCAUAGACUUCAAUGGGAACGCGCAACGCUUGAUUUUAGCGCGUUUUUGACACAUAAAACGCGCGUUCGAACGCGCGUCUUGGAUUUUGCAACAUGCUGGAAAAGGCACAACACCAGGUGCAAAGCACAGUUUUGGAGAGAAGCCAGCAUGGAGGAGUCCGGCUGUGACACAGAGACCCUCAUCAGGCUGGUGCAAGCCAAACGCUGCCUGUAUGACACACAGGAUGGCAACUACAAAAAUCGGAGGAGCAGGCAGCAGGCCUGGGAGGAUAUUGCCAAAAGCAUCUGGCCAGAUUGGAGCAGUUUAACCAAGACAGUGAAACAGGGAAAAGUCAACACUAUCAAAGGCAAAUGGAAAAGCCUGAAAGAUGCCUUUAUCCGCCAUCGCCGCAAACAAAAGGAGCAGAGGAGCGGAUCCUCCCCAGGCGGACGCUCCAGUUAUGUGCAUGCAGCACAAAUGUCGUUUUUGAUAUCGUGCACCGAAAUGCGGAGCACCGAUAGUAGCUGGGAACACAGCCAGGCGCAAGGUGAUGAGGAAGAGGACGAGGGCACAAUGGACAGUGAGCCGGGCCCAUCUAUGGGGCCAAUGAGUCCUCCAGCCCCCCCCCCCACUCCGACUUUCGUCAGCCCCAUGCAGACUGGCCAAGCCGUACCAGAGGCAACUCGGCAGCCCCGACAUAAAAGGAGGAGAACGGAGAGACAGGAGGACCGCCUAAUCGGCUGCCUGGAUGCCCUGGCACAUCCUGUGCCAAAACUAAGCAGCGACGCAUAUUUUCUCCUCAGUCUAGAGGAGAAAAUGCUGCAUGUGCCGAGACAUAUGAUCACCAAAGUAAGGGAGGAGGUGACUAAAACCAUAGACAAGUAUUGCCUCCCUUACGAGCUAGCAACGUCUAGCACUGCCCCACAGCAUCCCCCACAGCAUCCCCCACAGCAUCCACCACAGCAGCCACCACAGCAUCCACCACAGCAGCCACCACAGCAGCCACCACAGCAGCCACCACAAUAUGGCCACCAAUAUGGGGCACAAUAUUGCCCACAAUAUGCCCCACAAUAUGGCCCACUACAUCCCCAACAACACCCUCACACAUACCCAGCACACACAUACACACAAAGUAACAUACAACACCCUCUUGAGACAUGGCAGACACAACACACAUCAUACCCAUAUCCCUCUUCAAGCACGGGCCCAAGCACCUCCACCAUCACCACCACUGAAAUGCCACCCGCCAAUCAGUCUCGCGGAGCCAGAGAGACACGGCGGGAUCCCGAGGCAGAGUUUUCUGGGCCGCAAUAUGAAACCCUGUGAUAAACGGAGAAGAGGGAAAUUCUCCGGCUCAAGGUUUUGGGAGCCAAAAAGGGCACUUAUCUUGAAAAUUGUUGGUAUUAUUUAUAUGUUAUUUUGACUACAUUGCUCCUUUGUUUGGAAAACA